AUGGUGUGGCGAUCUCUGGGUCAAUCCACUCGCUCCAUCUACCUGGGCCUGGCUUUCAUGUCCCUCAUUCUCCAUCUUCUCUUGGCAUUUUUCUGCUUCUCCGUCCUCCAGUUUGCCUGUGUACCUCCCACCCCCUCCUCUUCAGCCCCUUCCUUUGUUUCAAGAAGACACGCAGGCUCACACUCCUCCUCUUCUUCUGCUGCCUCCUCCUCAAACAAACCACUGAGCAGCUCCCAGAAUAGAGGAAGUCACAACUUGAGUGAGUUUGACCAUAAAGGGAAGGGCUCGUUCCGUGAGUCCGCUGAGAAGGCAAAGAAACUGAUGGGAGCUGAAAUAGGCGUUCAAAAGAAGAGGGGUCCGUCUAAACUGGAAGAGCUGUUUAAACAUCCUCUGUACAACCUGCCACGCCCAGAGCUGCAGGAAGAUGAUUGGCUGCUGAGGCUGAAGACAGAAGAGGAAGCAAAAGGCACAGAAACAGAAGAAGAGAACCCUGUCACUGAUGAUAGCGAGUGGCACAGUGCCAGUGAAGAGAAAGGCUAUGAUAAAGUAUCUUGGACUAUAGAAAAGGAAACCCACCCUCCCUGGCUGCAGUUUCACCUGGGCAUCUCUCGCUGGGAGCUGUAUGACAGGAAAGACCCCGUCCUGGACCAGAUGACUCAUUAUUUGGCAACACACCGAAUCCUUGGAGCUGUUCAGAAAAAGGGAGGCACCCAACUGAAACUGCUCCUGUCGUUCCCAAAUUAUGGACAAGCUUUGCUCAAACCCAUGAGACAAUCCAGAGAUGCUGAGACAGACGUGAACCUUUUUUACUUCUCGGACUUUGAGAGGCACAAUGCAGAGAUCGCUGCCUUCCACCUUGACAGAUUACUGGGCUUCAACCGGAUCCCUCCGGUGGUUGGUCGACUUAUCAAUGUCACCACAGAGAUCAGAGAUACUACCACUGACAAAAAGCUCUCUAGAACCUUCUUUACUUCCCCUGCUGGAAAUGUGUGUUUCUAUGGCCAGUGUGAAUACUACUGUUCAACAGAGAACCCAGUCUGCGGUCGGCCACAUGCGCUGGAGGUUUCCCUGGCUACUAUGUUGCCUGACCUCACGCUAGCUCCCCGCAGGUCCUGGAGGUCGCCGUGGAGACGCUCUUACAGUCGAACAAAGAAGGCACAGUGGGAAAAGGACCCAGCCUACUGCAACACGGUGAAACAGACGCCUCCUUACAACACCGCCACCAGGCUGGUGGAUCUCAUAGACAUGGCGGUUCUGGACUUCCUCAUGAGCAACAUGGACCGUCAUCAUUAUGAGACUUUUGAGAAAUUUGGAAAUGAGACUUUUCUACUUCAUUUAGACAAUGGACGAGCGUUUGGUCGUCACUCUCAGGAUGAGCCGUCCAUUCUGGCACCUCUGACGCAGUGCUGCAGGUAA